GCUCAGUACACGUUGUAGUCUAUCAGUGGCAAUAAUGGUGAAGCAAAUAGAGACCGUGGCAGACUUUACUGCAUUCUUGGCAUCUGCGGGUGACAAACUGGUUGUCGUUGUUUUCACUGCAGUAUGGUGUGGACCGUGCCGAAUGAUUGCUCCCAUAUUUGAGGAACUUUGCAAAACACAUUCUGAUGUAUUCUUUUGUAAAGUAGACGUGAAUGACGUAGCGGAUUUAUCAGAAUCGUGUGGCAUCCACGCCAUGCCUACUUUUCAAUUUUACAAAAACAAAGAAAAGAUUGAAGAAUUUUCUGGUGCAGAAGACGCCAAGCUUAAGGCAACCAUUGCUAGGCUGAAAUAAGAAGCGCGUGAAGCUACUGAAAUCCGCCCCA